AACGACUCUUUUACUCCUGCAAGGCGUCAAAUUCUGAUGAUGGAUCCGAUGCCGGAUUUGACUCGUGCUUACAAUCUGAUCUCGCAGGAAGUUCAUCAACGUGCUCUGUUUUCCUUUCCAACAGACUCAGUAGCGUUUCAGACUUACAGUACACGUCCCAAGACCUCUGAUUUGCCUAUUCCUCCUGCUCGUUCUGCCCCUACUCAAAGGACUCGCCCUCAAUGUACCCAUUGUGGUAUGAUGGGUCACACCGUUCAGAAAUGCUUCAAGAUAUUUGGAUAUCCUCCAGGUUAUAAACCGAAUUCUUCUCAACCUUGGAUUUCUGGUCAUUCUUCUCGACAGCAGAAGAAAUUUUCUCCUCAGCAGUCUUCCCCUUUGGUUAACUUGGUUCAUGCUGCUGGCAAGUCUGUGGAUCACAAUUCUGGCAGCAAAUCUGCGUUAGAGCAAGCUCAGAUGUUAAUCUCGCAAUUGAGUUCUCAGCUCAAGGAUCUAAGUACUUCUGCCACUGAUUCUGCUGAUACAGUCCCACCUUCUAAUCCUUCAGGACCGUUCUCGGGACUUGACGAUUGGCAAGGGUAGACAAUCUCAUGAUUUGGUCAUCCUUCUGAUGUCAAGAAUCAUGGACUUGCCAACCAGAAUCAGCUUCGUUUUUCUUUAGUUUCUUCGAAUAAAACGCAUUGUGACAUUUGCCAUUUGGCUAAACAAAAGCGUCCUGCAUUUCCUUCUUCUACGUCUGU